UCGUACAAUGCGAAAAGGGAAGUUGAAAGAAGUGGGAGAGGGACAUCGCAGAGCCUUAUGAAAUCUAACGUUACAGUUGCAGGCUGGGUACUGGAUACACUGUGAACAGACACUGAAGUGCCACAAAUAUUGUCCUGGAGACAACAUUCACAUUAACUAGCUUCCUCUUUUUGGCAGGUAUUUUCUGAAGUUUUUCACAGUACAUCUGUGUCCAGAGGAAGAGAGCAGACAGUGUGACAUGGCAAGUAGAGGUGGAGCUACACGACCCAAUGGGCCAAACACAGGCAACAAGAUUUGUCAGUUCAAACUUGUGCUUUUAGGAGAGUCAGCGGUGGGGAAGUCCAGUCUUGUACUUCGUUUCGUCAAGGGACAGUUUCACGAAUUCCAAGAGAGCACAAUCGGAGCUGCCUUCCUGACUCAGACAGUAUGUUUGGACGACACAACAGUCAAGUUUGAAAUCUGGGACACAGCUGGUCAGGAGCGCUACCACAGUCUGGCUCCCAUGUACUACAGAGGUGCCCAGGCGGCCAUCGUGGUGUAUGAUAUAACAAAUGAGGAGUCAUUUGUACGGGCGAAGAACUGGGUUAAAGAGCUUCAGAGACAAGCCAGUCCAAAUAUUGUAAUAGCCCUGGCUGGGAACAAGGCUGAUCUCGCAAACAAGAGAGCACUGGACUUCCAGGAUGCACAGUCAUACGCAGAUGACAACAGCUUGCUUUUCAUGGAAACAUCAGCAAAGACCUCUAUGAACGUGAAUGAGAUUUUCAUGGCCAUUGCAAAGAAACUACCCAAGAACGAGCCUCAAGCUGCCGGAGCCAGUAGCGGGCGGAACCGGGGAGUGGACCUGACAGAGACGGCUCAGCCCACCAGCCGUCCCUGCUGCAGUAACUAACCCUGCUCUUCCUGCUUAUCCUCCCCCCUCACUCACACACACAUACACACACACACACACACACACACACACACACACACAUCCCCCACUCUGACCCCUCCCCUCCACCCCCUCUCAACAUCUGGACAUCGGGCUCCUUGGCUCUCUGACGUCAGACCUGACCCUCACCCUCACUCCCCUGGAUUAGCUAAAAGACUCUGUAUAGCUGCAUUUCUAAUACCUUUUUUUUUUGUUGAUGUUCUUUUUUUUUCUUUUUUUCUUUUUUUUUAUUUACUUUUUUUAAGAAGUGUAUAUCAGUAUAAUGGAUGCAUGUAUCACUACAACGCCUAAAAAAAAAAAAAAAACAACACAUUUUUGUUUCUCAUUAAGUUUGAAGACUAACCCCAUUUAAGAAAGCUGAGCGUGUGAGAAACCCGUGGACGUGUGAUUGUGUCGUGUGUGAGUUUCCAAGAGUGAUUUGCUGAUGAGAAGGUGUAGCCUCAUUUGUCACUUCACAGGGUCGACUGGAUGCGAAUUAUGUUGCCUGUAAUACUCUGCGUGUGUGCGGGUUAGGUUUUGCUCACAAUCACAAGAAAACCAAAUUGUUCCCAUCGCGAGACGCCUGGCUUCUCAGACUGUUUGUUGUGAGGCACUGAUGUGUCGAGACAGUGCCAGGAAAGUCAUUCAAACUGAGAACCCUUCCCUCCUCACAUCUGUUACUGAAGAGAACAUCUUCGUCCAAGGCUCCUAACGGAAAAGUGUGGAAAAUAAAUCUAGUGCUCUCCAGUUUUUUGAAAAAGUUGGAAACACACAAAAAGGUAUUUUGAGAACAUAGAAGAAAAACAGCCUUGAUUCAUGUCAGGCUUCUCAUUAUGUGCAACCAGUCAAAUUUUGUUAGAUAUAUAUAUAUGAAAGCAAAAAAUAUGAAUCUUCAUCUUUAGAGCGACGCGGGCUUGUUACAUUACUGUACAUCACAUUAAAUAACACGGCAGUCACAGUGUGGAAAACAUGCAAGUUUGGGAAAGUGUAGGAACAUCAGGAACCAACAUGAAACCAGUAUGACAAGAUAUUUAAAUUCAGCUUUCCUCUUCAACGAAUGCUUUCAUGCUGCAGCCUCAUCGAGUUCAUUGCAGAAGUCCCAUGUCAGUUCUAAAACAGAUCCGGCUUCAAAUGAAAAAGAAAAUCAACAGGAAAAACUGCCAACUGUUGAACAUCCUGCUUAGUGAGUCAUCUUACAAAGACUUGAACGCACGACUAGUACUAUGUUAAACUCUUGUUUUUGUUCAUCCACUCUGUUUCUGUUCAGGCCAGUAGCUGACCUGCACCAAUAUGGGUGAUCUGAAUCAAA